UUCAAUACACGGAAGGUAGAAAACACAUGUCCAACGUUAACAGGAGCCGCAAGUUAAACCUGUGACCUGUGAGUGAUAACCUCGUCUACGUGAAGUCCAUUACAUAUAUUUCUGCGACAGAAUGGCAGGAAUUGUGAGAAAAAUUAUUCAGACAUCGAGGGCCCCAGCAGCUAUUGGCUCAUACAGCCAAGCAGUAUGUGUAGGUCAGACCCUGUACAUAUCGGGACAGAUAGGGCUACAUCCUACAACAGGGGUGAUGGUGGAAGGUGGUGUUGUUCCAGAGACUCAGCAGGUCAUGACAAAUAUGGGAGCCAUAUUGGAGGCUGCAGGAGCAUCAUUUGAUAAUGUUGUGAAAGCGACAGUGAUGCUUGAAGAUAUCAACGACUUUGCAGCUGUUAACACAGAGUAUGCUAAAAAUUUCUCGGGAAAUUUCCCAGCGAGGGCUUUAGUGCAAGUGGCAGCUCUUCCAAGGGGUGCCAAGGUGGAAAUAGAAGCCAUUGCCAUUGUUGGACCGAUUACAGAAGAGAGUUGAUCCAUCUCCCACCGUGACCUGGACAUAGAAAUCAGCCAUCAUAUCGUUAACUAACAGAUUGGGUAGCAUGCCCUUGUCUGUCUCUAGACACCAGUCAUGUUGUAUAUUACAUUAUAUGUAGUAUUUCAGCAAAGUUUCAAAAAUGAUUUUGUGUACUUGUGAUAUAUCCGUAGUGAAAGUUGGAAAGCUGUUUGUAUCUUGUACAGAUUAAAGCAACAUUUCUAAUUAA